GACCCAACAGCGUAUAAAUAAGGGAUAUUUAAUCCUAAUGGCCGUGACAGCAUCUUUAGGCUUUCUGGCUCUAGGAUACUCCUUCGCCUACUACAACGCGUUCACUGACAUUAUAUACAAGAAAUAUGCAGAGAAAGGACAACAAGUUAUCCAUGACAAAAACCUUUUCAACUCUCUUGUCUCAGGUCUCAUUCCUUUCGGUGCCAUCUUUGGUAGUGUUAUAAUAGGUCUCAUUGUUGACAAAGGCAGACGCUUUUCAUUAUUGAUUGUUGCAUCUGUACUCAUGGCAGCAACAUUACUAAGCCUGGUGUUCAACUUCUAUGCUCUGGUGCUCGGAAGACUGUGCAUGGGCAUUUGUAUUGGCUGAUACGCGACAUUGUGCCCACUAUACAUAUCAGAGAUAUCACCACCAGAAUUGUCAGGAUUCUUAGGGGUGUUCAACCAGAUGGGAGCUUGUACUGGAGGAUUCAUUGCUUUCUCAGUCCCAUUCAUCAUGCCAUUGUCAGAAAGUUCAGAGGUUUCAGAACAGAACCAAGGAUUCAGUGUCGACUCUCACAACUGGAGGUUGAUCUUUGGGUUUCCUUUCAUGAUUGGUCUUGCACAGCUCUUGCUUCUUACAUUAGUUUUCAAGCACGAAACCCCUCUGUUCUACAUGAAGAAGGGAGACAAGAGCAAUUAUACAAAGAUCAUGAAGCUAAUUUAUGUUGGUUGGAAGCCUGACACAGAUAUCGAGCUCUCUGAGGUCAAAGAAGUAGACGCACUAAUCGAGCAAAAAGAGAUUUCCAGGGAACAAAGUCUUUUGGACUCUCACAGUGAGAAAGCAGGACAGAAGUCCUCUCCAGGAUACAAGAAAGCACUCCUGAUAGGCUCUGUCCUCAGCAUAAUGCAUCAGUUCACAGGAUGAAAUGCAGUGGUCUUCUUCUCAAGCGAAAUCUUCAUUGUUGGCCGUACAGGACUUGAUGCUGCCUACAGUGCAAGAGUCGGAACUUUACUCGUUGGUAUCGUCGGUUUCUUAGGUACCGGACUAUCGAUCCCACUCCAAAAAUACUUUGGAAGAGUUACAUUCAUUCAAUUUAGUGAGGUAGUAAUGUGAGCCUCACUUGCAAUUUCUGGCACCUGAGCCUGAAUGGGAAGCCAAUUUGGAAUAAUCGUCUUCACACUUAUCUUCAUGUUUAUCUUUAAUUUUGGAAUGGGACAAGCAAUGUGGGCAUACUGUCCAGAAAUCUUAGACAGUAAGGGAUGAGCCAUUGUUGCCUUUCUGAAUAUGAUAUCUACAUGGAUCUUUGGUACAUUCACAAAUCUAGCAUUCAAAUAUUUGACUGCUCAAGGCGUAUACUUCGGUCUUGCAGCCAUUCAAGUGUUCACAAUCACCUUCGUAUGGGCAUUUGUCAAAGAGACCAAAGGAAAGACCAAACAGGAAUGCGAACAACUGUAUGCUACCAAGAAUUAAGCAGGAAUAAG